CGAAGUAACAGACAAAAGGGUAAUAAGCUAAAUGUUUUCAGACACUCGAGAUGUGUAUUAUCAUUAUCCAAUAGUCUUAACACUUGAAUCAUUUGUCUGCAGUAUGAAAUAAUCGUCAACCCUUGUAGGAAAUCGACUUUUUAUAUUUUCUUUGUUUUGUUUUCGUCUAUUAUGUUGAAGACUAGAAAAAAUAGAUACAAACUUUGAAUAACAAAAACGAUCAAAAAAUAUGAGAUCUACAAAAAGGUCAUUUUUUCCAAAAUCGUAAAUAGACUCUUUAUAGAAGUAAUUGCACUUAAAUAAUGCAUGUGUAACCCUCUUUUGUGUUUUUGUGGAAAACUAAAGAAAAUAUACUAAAAUUGUAAACCGAAAAAAGUUAUUAAUGCAAGAUAAAAAAAAAGGAUGUUGUCUACAAUGUCAGAGAUUUCCAUUGUCGAAGAUGAAAACAGACCUAAAUGAUUUGCACAUGCUCUUUAAAACCUCUAUAUUUGAGAUUAGCUGUUAUGUAUUUCCAAAACUGUCUCCCAGUCUAUUUUCAAAGUUGUUGCAUGCUUUUGUUAUUUAAAUCUUAAUUGAUUUGAGUAUUCUCCCCAUUUUUAUUCUCAAAUACUUCUGUUCAUUUCCGUUACCGUAUCUAAGUACGUUCGUGCCGUUAAAAACACACAGUUUUAAGAAGGUGAAAGCAAUUAAUAUUAAUAUACUAGUAUAUCAUUUUCAUAUCCUUAUACUGACAACUCGAAACACUGCCUUGAUUUAUUUUCUGAAUUAUUUCAUUAAUCUUAAGUAAUAUUUUAUAACACUUCAAAUAUAUACAUAUAUUUAUAACUAUAAUGUACUUUCUAAGAUAAUUUUUUUUGUCUUUAUAUACGGUGCAGGUAACGUCCACAUGUACAUGUAAUACAUAGGUGGAAAUCCAAGAAAUAUGUUCCCAAUUUUAAACAGACAAUUAAAACGAUAAAAUGUACACAUUUGCUGUUAUGUUUUCCUUUUGUCGUUUAAUCUCAUCAACUGUACCAAAUUAUGAAGAUUGUCAGAUACCAAGUAUUGAAACCCCAAACCUGUAUAAAUACAUUCUUUUACCAGACCAUGGCAUUGAUAUUGGAAAUUCAGUAAGAGAUAGUAUUAGAUUCAAGGUUAAGGCCAGCAAUGAUGCUCAUUUAGCUUUAAUGUCAUCAAAUACUGUACACGAUCCUCUUUAUGAGAUAGUAUUAGGCGGUUGGGCUAACUCAAAAUCGGUCAUACGCGACAGAAAACAAGGUAGAGCACUGGCAACACACUAUGGACACGUUCUAAACCAAAACGAAUAUAAAACAUUUUAUAUUAAAUGGAGCAAUGGACAUAUCAGAGUUGAAAAUGAAUGGAAUGAGAAAAUCAUGGAAUGGAAUGAUACCUCAAACCCAUUAAAUGUUACAAAUAUUGGAGUUUCUACAGGAUGGGGUUCAACUGGAUAUUGGUCAUUCGGAUGUCUAGGGAUUCAAGAACAAGAAAAUAUCAUAUUUAGCAAAAUAACAGAAAUUAUAUUGAUCUCGUUAACAGUGAUAUUACUUGUGAUAGUUACCCUUAGUUUGCGUUAUCUUUUUCUCCAAUGCUAUCGAAGAAAUCAAAUGAGUUCACCUUCAUAUACAAAUAAAGUGGAUACAGUAAAUACCAUUGAUCACUAUGAAGAAAUCAAUAUGGCUAUCGAAAUAGAUAUCGACGAUGGUGUAUCGCAGUCGCCGGAAAAUGAUCAAUUUGAAUACCAUGAAAUGCGCGAUAUCGAACAAAUGUCGAUGCCGACGUCAAUACAAAUGAUACAAGAACAGGUAGAACAAACGAUGCAUCAAAAUACGGACACAACUUUAAGCGUUAACCAUAUGUAG